AUGAGCGGCUCGAGGCCGAGGGUGGCGGCGCCAGGCCCCGAGAAGAAGCCGCCGCCGGGAAGCGGGGGGGUGCUGAGCCGGCUGCGGGGGGGGCGGGGCUCUGGGGACGCGGCGCCGCGGGCGGCCCUGCCCCGCUCAGAGUCCGAGCUGCUGGCGCUGGAGACCGUCCGGCCCGAACACGUCCUGGGGCUGGGCCGGGUCACGGAGAAUUAUUUAUGCAAACCUGAGGACAACAUCUACAAUAUCGAUUUCACCAGAUUCAAGAUCCGGGACCUGGAGACAGGAACAGUGCUGUUCGAAAUUGCCAAGCCUUCUGCUUCAGAGCAAGAUGAUGAGGAUGAGGAUGACAGUGGAGAAGUGGACACCAGUGCAGGCCGCUUUGUUCGCUAUCAGUUCACGCCAGCAUUUCUCCGUCUCCGGACAGUCGGUGCAACAGUGGAGUUUACAGUGGGAGACAAGCCAGUGUCAAACUUCCGAAUGAUUGAGAGACAUUACUUCCGGGAUCGCUUGCUGAAGAACUUUGACUUUGAUUUUGGCUUCUGCAUCCCCAGCAGCAGGAACACAUGUGAACACAUCUAUGAGUUCCCCCAGCUCUCAGAGGACCUCAUCCGCCUGAUGGUUGAACACCCCUAUGAGACCCGUUCAGACAGCUUCUACUUUGUGGACAACAAGCUGAUCAUGCACAACAAGGCUGACUAUGCCUACAAUGGGGGACAGUAA